AUGGGUAGAGUUAUCAGAGCUCAGCGUAAGGGAGCUGGAUCUAUAUUCAGAUCCCAUAUUCAUCAUCGUAAGGGAGCUACAAAAUUCAGGAGGUUGGAUUUUGGUGAAAGGAAUGGUUACUUGAAAGGUGUAGUUACCGAAAUCAUUCAUGAUCCAGGAAGUGGUGCACCAUUAGCUAGAGUUACCUUCCGUCAUCCAUUCAGGUACAAGCAUCAGAAGGACUUGUUCGUUGCGGCUGAGGGUAUGUACACUGGUCAGUUUUUGUACUGCGGGAAGAAAGCUGGUUUGAUGGUUGGUAAUGUUUUGCCAUUGAGAUCAAUUCCUGAAGGAGUUGUUGUUUGA